AUGAUCAAAACGACUCUUUUCUUGCCUCUCCUCCUCAGCAUCGUGGGCGCUGUGCCCAUGAUGAACACGUGGCGGAAAUGCCUCGAGUCCACCAACAGUCCCAUCGAACAGGCCGGUAUCUUCAAGUCCGCCUACCGCGCCCUCAAAUCCGACGCCGCGAGCAGCGGCGGUAGCAGUGGAGGGACAUCACCAGCGUCAGGCUUCAGAAAUGUUUUGUACUUCACAAACUGGGGCGUCUACGGCGCCAACUACCAACCAUCAGAUUUGCCCGCCGACAAGGUCACCCAUCUUCUCUACUCCUUCGCCGACAUUUCCUCGGACGGUACAGUCAUCUCAUCCGACCCCUAUUCAGACACGCAAAAGCUGUACCCCGGCGACACCAGCACCGCGGGCAACGCAAACGGUUGCGUCGGCCAAAUCUACGCCCUCAAGAAGAAGAACCGCAAACUGAAAGUCGUCCUCUCCAUCGGAGGCUGGACCUGGUCCCCCAAGUUCGUCCCCGUCGCCGCCACCGCCGCCGGCCGCCAGACCUUCGCCUCCUCCGCCGUCAAGCUCAUGGCCGACUGGGGCUUCGACGGCAUCGACAUCGACUGGGAGUACCCCGCCUCCUCCACCGAGGCCGCCAACUUCGUCGCCCUGCUCAAGGCCUGCCGCGAGGCCCUCGACGCCUACGCCGCCAAGAGCGCGCCCGGCUAUCACUUCGUCCUCACCGUCGCAUGCCCCGCGGGGCCCUCGCACUACCAGCAGAUGGACCUCCGCGGCAUGGACGCCUACGUCGACGCCUGGCACCUCAUGGCCUACGACUACGCCGGUUCCUGGGACACCACGACCGGCCACCAGGCCAACGUCUUCUUCAACCCGCCCACCCCGCUCGCCACCAAGUUCAGCACCGAGGUUGCCUUGACGUACUACCUCGCCCAGGGCAUCCGAUCCAGCAAGAUCGUCCUCGGCAUGCCCCUCUACGGCCGCUCGUUCCUCAACACCGACGGCAUCGGCCUGCCCUACAGCGGCGUCGGCGCGGGCUCCAUCGAGAAGGGCGUAUGGCACUACAACGCCCUCCCGCGCGCGGGCGCCAAGGAGAUAUUCGACGAGAAGGUCGGCGCGCUAUACAGCUACGACUCGAGCUCGCGCGAGCUCGUGUCGUACGACAACGUGCAGAGCGCGAACUACAAGACGGACUACAUGAAGAGCAAGAGACUCGGCGGCGCGGUCUUCUGGGAGGCGGCGGGUGACAAGAAGGGGGACGGCAGCCUCGUCGCGGCCGUCGCUGGACGGAUGGGCUCGCUGGACUCGACGCAGAACUUGCUGAGUUAUCCCGGGAGUCAAUAUGCCAACAUCAGGGGCGCUUGA